AUGGAGGGUGACUUGACUAGUCUUCUUCACAGCCAUUUUUACGCUCAUCAGACAACGCUGCUGUGUGACGAGCCUAAAAACCCCUGCGAAGGAGACUAUGACUUGACUGGAUCCUUGCCCAUUGGGUAAGUGAGCUUUAAAGACUAGUUACUUACUCAGUGAGAAACCUUAUUCAUCCUGACUACUGGACGCAACUUUUUUUGAGCUUUGCCCUACUGAUGAGAUUUUCUGAGUGGGUCAACACUUAUGGAGAGAGAUUUUUCUGAAGAGGAUUGUUAUAAAAAAAAUACCAAUUUCUGAAGGCUGAAAAUACCACAAAUAAAUUUCUGAAGGAAUAAGGGAAGUGUUACGUCAUUCAUAAUUACAGGGAUGGUGUCAAUACUGAUUCUUCUGAUGAAGAGUCAGUGCUCUGAGUGUACUUUUUUUUUCUGAUUGGGACAAAUAACAUUGCCAUAUUUUCUGGGGGGUAGGGAACAGAAAUGAUACUUUUGUUCAGGGCUUCUAAGAAGAAAUGUUAAUUUCUGAAGGGGGUUACCCCAGGGAAAAUUUUCUGAAGAGGGUACUGCCAAAACACCUCAUCAAUGUAGGGGGGAUAUUAGAUUGCCCCCAGCCCACUGGCAUAGGUCGAUUGUGACAACAAUAAUCUAUGGGCAACAAGUAAAAGAAUUAUACUAACUCAUUUAUUAUUUAUUGUUAUCAAGCUUAAUUAAGCUUAUUUUUAUCAACACACAAAGUGAGUUUCCACAACCAAAAUUCGGGCGGCUACUCCUACAUACAAAGAGAGCAAACUAUGGAAGUGGGCGUUUGAAUAGUUUUGUUAAUAGAAAUACAUGGUUACCAACCUUAUUACUGGGAUAAAAUCCUUCCUCAAAAACCUGAGCUUACGAACUUUUUCCUUCUUGUCACGCCAUUCUCCUGAUCCGAACCCAGCUGAAACCGGAAAGUUCACACAAAAUGUAUUUUCACGUAAUUAUCAGGAUCUCGCCGAUCUGAAGACUAGAGGGUUCAGCUAUAAGAAAUAUGCAUGACUGGCUACAUAAAGCGUCAUUCACUGAUAAAAAAAGAGUGAGGCUAAAGGCAACAUCCCUCACAGUCGAACAGUCACUGUCACUGAACUAUUGAACUCUUCAUCCCGCAAGAGAGACCUGGGGACGAUUUUGCUACCAGUCUCCUCUGCUCAUGUAAACAACGCCUGACGUUUUUCUUCCAGUUCCUUCAUAAUUAUGUAACCAGUCGUUGCUGAACUACAGUUCAUGUAGUUUCAAUGGCGUUAUUUAAAGGUUAAAUACAUGGCUUUCACCUUGGUUACUACUUGGAGAUUACCAGUAGCUUGCCUUUCGUCGAGUUUACAGUAUUUCUUUGCGAGACGGGCGAUUUGCCGCUCAAGGUUGGUGAAAAGUGAAGUCAGUGAAGUGACGACAGUGAAUAGCAACAGCUGAUAGGUCCAAGUGCGAAAGUGCUACAAUUUCUCAAGCCCUUGGCGGUCGUUUUCCUUGCUCUUAUCAAACGUUUGGCGCUCCUCCUCUGCUCUUAAAGUGUAUUCUUUGUUCAAACAGCCGCAAGCCGGGGAAGAAUUUUGUCAUUUCUUCUUGCAAAGUGUAUAUUCGAUGGGUCAUUUGUUUGCAAUUGUUCUUUGUGUUUUUUUUAGCAUGUCAGGCAAUUCAAAUGGCUCCACUACCGGCACUCACCUGGAAAGAACAGAGAACUUGGAAAGACAGGAGGUAAUGAGCUGAGGUUAAAGAAUAGUGACAUGAUAUUCCCUUUUUUCACACAGAGAGGUCUCAAAAAUUUAAAGCUAUUUUUGGCAUAGAAGAGGGUCGUACAGGGGGGGUCUCUCGCACGGUUCACGAACAGAAAAAACAGCGAAUCAUGGAUCACGGCUAUCAAAAUUUCAUUUUCCCGAAUCACGAAAAUAAACAAGUAGGGUACUCGUUUUAAUAACCUUCUCUUACGGUAGAAAGAGUGUUUGAAGAAAGCAAAAUCGUUAAAGGCUAAGUAAAGGCUGCUUAUCGGAAAUCACAUACCUAAAUCACCCUCGAUGGACGACUCUGACCAUUCGUCCACUUCGCUUUGUAACUGCCCGAAGAAACAACAAAUCGUCUAAAGAAUCUACCUCAUAAUUGUAAGCAAUAGGAUGUUCAGCGUCUGAGUCAGUGUCAUACUCUUCCUCCUCCUCUACCUCGGCUUCCUCUACUACUUGAACAUCUUCAAUGGCCUCGUGCGAUGUAGAAGGCGUAACAGUCGUAAUGGUCGUAGCAGAAGUAACCAUCUCCUCUUCGACAGUGUUAGGGCUGAAUGAGACUUUAUCUUUAGGAUAGUCUGAUCUUCUGUUCCUUUCCAAGAAAAUUAAGCGAGCCGACGGACUUUGGGUCAACGUAAAAUACAAUACAUUCGUUCCUCAUCGUACUAUACGUACUCGUCUAUGGGGCGCCGUUUGUAAAAAAAAUGAUUUAGCUUAAUUUUGUCAUUUUUUUCGUUAUUUAUUAAAUAAAGUUUUCUGAUAUGAUAUCAUACGUCAAUGAUUUGAUAUAAUAAAUGUUGAUUUCAAAUCAUGCGUUUAUGAUUUGAUAUAAUAAAUUAUUAUUUAAAAUCAUGCGUUUAUGAUUUGAUAUAAUAAAUUCUGAUUUCAAAUCAUACCUUUAUGAUUUGAUAUAAUAUGUAUUGAUUUCAAAUCAUAAGUUUAUGAUUUGAUAUAAUAAAUCCUGAUUUCAAAUCAUAAGUUUAUGAUUUGAUAUAAUAAAUCCUGAUUUCAAAUCAUUCCUUUAUGAUUUGAUAUAGUAAAUCCUGAUUUCAAAUCAUAAGUUUAUGAUUUCAUAUAAUAAGUUCUGAUUUUAAAUCAUAAGUUUAUGAUUUGAUAUAAUAAAUCCUGAUUUCAAAUCAUAAGUAUAUGAUUUCGUAUAAUAAAAAUCAUUAUUUGAUAUCAGUAAAACCAUGAUUUAAUUUAAUAAGUAAUAAGUAACCGCGUGACUUGGCACAUGGGUUACUAGAGCAGGAAUAAUCGCAAAGAUGGCGACACAACCAGAUCAGGUAUCGGGGUCAAUCGCUUCUGCGGUCCCUAGAGCUGUAGAAAGGGCGGUUGACCAAGCUUUGGCAUCUCUUCCGAGCCUUCCUGGCAAUUCAGGGUUUGCUCCUGCGACACAAGAGGUAUGUAACAUUGAUGUAUCACUGCUAAAGCAUCCCAGUCGCUGCCGGGGUGAUGACCUGUGUGUCGAUGUGAUUAACAAAAACAUCAUUAGUGAUGUCUUCCAAGCGCCUCAUCUAUUUCUUACAUGUUGCACUGCAUCAUUAGUUAAGUUGCAUGUUAAGCGGAAAGCUAUGACUUUAUUUACGAGAUUUUUCAUCACCCCGGCAGCGACUGGGAUGCUUUAGCAGUGAUACAUCAAUGUUACAUACCUCUUGUGUCGCAGGAGCAAAACCUGAAUUGCCAGGAAGGCUCGGAAGGGAUGCCAAAGCUUGUUCAACCGACCUUUCUACGGCUCUAGAGACCGCAGAAGCAAUUGACCUCGAUAGCUGAUCUGCUUGUGUCGCCAUCUUUGCGAUUAUUCCCGCACUAGUAACCCACUAGCCUGCGUUUAAUUUUGUCUGCGCGCAGGCUAGUAACCCACGUGCCAAGUCACGCGGUUACUUAUUACUUAUUAAAUUAAAUCAUGGUUUUACUGAUAUCAAAUAAUGAUUUUUAUUAUAUGAAAUCAUAUACUUAUGAUUUGAAAUCAGGAUUUAUUAUAUCAAAUCACAAACUUAUGAUUUAAAAUCAGAACUUAUUAUAUGAAAUCAUAAACUUAUGAUUUGAAAUCAGGAUUUACUAUAUCAAAUCAUAAAGGGAUGAUUUGAAAUCAGGAUUUAUUAUAUCAAAUCAUAAACUUAUGAUUUGAAAUCAAUAUUUAUUAUAUCAAAUCAUAAAGGUAUGAUUUGAAAAAAUAAUUUAUUAUAUCAAAUCAUUGACGUAUGAUAUCAUAUCAGAAAACUUUUUUUAAUAAAUAACGAAAAAAAUCACAAAAUUAAGCUAAAUCAUUUUUUUUUACAAACGGCGCCCCAUACUUUGGAUCACUGUCCUUUGACCUCCAGUGACAUGGGAGACCAUAGGCAUAGGAAUAGACAUCUGAUCCAUGAUAGGCAUGUAAAGCACGUGAAUUUGCACAAUGGAUUACUUUAAUUAAAGCGAAGUCUGUUACUUGUCACAUUUGAUGUUUUCAGUCUUAAAAUAAGUCUUCCGCAGCACUCACAUCUCAAAAUCACGCCAAAUAGAGUGGUGAAAUCACGAAUAUCGGUUAAUAAUACAAGUUCUUCACGGGUCACGCAAACCCUUCAGAUCCCGGAUCACGAAGAAUAAUUUAUUAAAUUCACGUUUCACGGAAAAUAAAAUCAGCCAAUCCCGCAUCACGGGAAUACCCCUGUACGACCCUCAUAGAAGCAAUAGGCCAUUUCCGGGUCCCCCCGGGCCUCUGUAUCAAAACAUGGUCACGCUAGUCACGCAAGACAAUUUUUUGUGACAAUCUAUAAACAAUGUACUUAUUAUACAAGAUAAUCAUUUGUAUAUGUGAAAGUGUAAUCAUAUGUUUUCUCUGCUGCUACUCUAUGUACAUUGUAGGUUAUAGCCCCAGCUACUGUGACUGAAAUAAGUCACUUGUCAGAAACUGUUAAAAGGUUGUGCUUAAAAGUUGAGGAUGACAGGUUCACCUUCAAACCAGGACAAUGGUAAUUGAUUAUUAAUUAUUAAUAUUGAAGAAUAAUUAUAGUAAUAAUUAUUAGUAAGUUUUGUAUUGAUUAAUCAAUUAUUUUAAUACCAGUUCAAGAAAUUAUGAAUUUUAGCAGUAAGAUGAGAUAUCCACAUUUGCUUUAUAAUUAUUGCAUUGUAUCAUUAUAGUUUUCAAACAAAUGUGCAUUGAGAAACAAAAUACAUUUGCACAGCGUAUGACAGAUUUAUUAUCCUACUUAAUAAUAAUUCUGCGACUAGCCAGCACUUCCAUGAUGAUCAGAUAGCUAUUGUCGAGCUUUUGGAGAACCUACAAUUAUGUUCAUGUAUAGUUCCGUUCAAAAGUAAGUUGACAGUCCGUUGCGAGUCUCGAUUCUCGAUAAUCUCGAUUCCUGCGCGAAUCAAGAAUCGAGACUCGAGAACAAGCUAUGGAGAAUCGAGUCGACGAUCGAGUCUGGCAGGACAAAAAACAAAAGAUUCACCCAUCACUGAUUUCUUGAAAAUUUUACAAAGACAAUUACAGCUGUAUUCACAACAGCAUGGUUAUACAUAUAGUGAUUCACAUAAAGCAACUGUUGCUCGAAACAAGACCGAUUCAAGUUAUAAAGGGAAUGUUUCUUCAAGGACAUCUGUAUCAUGUUUCAUUUCCUCAAGUAAAGUUUCAAAUGCCUGCUCCAUAAUUAUGCAAACAAACAGUGUAUACUCGUGUACAAGCAACAGCAUCUUUAUUUUGUAACGUCAAACGAUUCUGGGCUUAUCCGGCCACUUGGCUUGAUAAAGAUCAGCUGUAACAUACACGUGCGUCCUUAACAUGACUAAUCUCUGAAACUGUGUUCGUGCUCCUUGAAAACUUUCGAGACAAUGGUUCUAAUUCUACUAGGAAAUUUGGGUUUUCCUUAAGAUUUGAGGUCUUUGAGAUAAUCUCUCUUAAAAUUGGGCUUGUUUCUUCCACGAUGGAACAUGACAGGCGCAAAAUGACUCCUGGGUUCAAACCUUUCACAGUUUUGCGACCUUUUUUGUUGCCUAGCACGUGACUGCAACUACCGUGAUGAAAAAUUGUGAGAUGUUGAUUUCAAAAGCGGACUGUAUUGCACGAGACAAAAUAUUGUUUUCAAAGCUCUUGGACGUUUUGGAAGUUUUCUGAAACUUUACAGUCAUGUAUAUUCAAAUCGAAACUUUUAUGUGGGCAAUCACUUCUCAUAAAAAGCAAAGGGCGAAAUAUCAAACGGAGAUGCUAUUGCGUAUUGCAAAAUUAAACAGCAAUUCUAGUUCAAAUUACAAGUAAAGUUUCCAGCGAAAAAAAACCUCAAAGUAUAUAAACGAUAAUCAGGCAUUCAGCUGCGAUUAUGCCGAUGGACAUUCACAAACAGGCAAUCGAAAAAAUAUCGGCAAGUAAAAUUCGAAAGCAACGAGAUGCCCCUUGAGACUUUGUUUACAUAUCGUCACGUAUUUGUCAUUUAUUUGCACAAGCUGCCUUUUCCAUGUAUUUUGGAUGUUACAGAUAAAAAGUCAUGAAUUGCUUUUCGAGUUCAAAUAUUACGGACAAUUUCUGCUAUUUAAAUGGUACAAAAUGCCAUUCGAACAUUUUUUAAGAUUUCGACGCAAAGUGCCACCCGAGCCGUGCGAGCAAAUGUAAACGUCAACUGCUCCUGUAUAAUUGGGCGUCUGGAAAAGCGGGAAACCGGAAUCCGGAAUAGGAACGGGAAUAGGAACAGGAACAAGAACCGGAACCGGAGUAGGAACCGGAAUGGGAAGAGAAACCUAGUAUAUAAAGCAGGGACAACAUUUACCUUAAUUCAAGUUAAUCUGGAUUUAAUUCCAAUUCGGAUUAUAUACGAAAAAUAAGGGAAAAAGGGAAUACGAACCGGAUUAGGAAGAGGAAUAUAAACAGUGUAUACGCCGUAUUCACAAAUGGCGGACACACGGGAAAAAACUGGUGCCUAGUCAUGAAAGCGAGGCGUUGGAGGAUAAACAAAAAUUGCAAAUGAAGACUUUCAGUGAACUUGCAGAGUGUUUAGCACGGAUUCCACCUAAAAUAACUUUGUACGAACUUCUUUUUAAAUACAAUUACGUGGGAUGUCUUCUGCUUUUAAUGUUUAGUAGUGAUUUGCUGUUUGCAAUCAAAAGGGACGCGUAUAUCUUCCAGGAAACAGGAUGAUUAAUACCCUUUUUAAGCUGUGGACCAUCUAUCUCUGGUUAAGUUCCCAAUUUAGCACAGUACAAUAUGUCUAUGUAGCAAAUCUAAGGUGUAUGGCAGCCCAAUAAACGUCUCCGAUGGGUGUCUCGUUUACACAUGGUCUGACAAAUAAUAUUAACAUGUUAUGACCUCCUUCCUGUGAGAGACAAAAGGAACCUUAAGAUCUGACAACGGCAACGCCAGCGAAAACGCCACUGAGAAAUUGAAUUCGGGUCUUAAUUCAAACUAUUUCUCAUUAAUUCCAAAUUGUCCAGUCUUUUAAGGGUGGGAAAUGAAGCUGGAGACCUCGUCCGAGCUCAGAAAGACACAAUAAAAUUUAUUGCCUGCCGUUCACGUUUUCAAGAGAACUUAAGAUUUGAUCAUUUACGUCGCAGUUGUGCAUAGGCGGUGAAGAAAUUGACAGAAAGCACGAUGCACUCGCAAAACUGUUGCUUUACUUAUUUAACUUGCGGCUUAUCCUAACUUCUCGUUGCCGUAAUAUAAAGAGAUUCGGGAGGCAGCAUGAUACCAGACUAGUCUUCUUAUUUUUUGCAUAAAUUAAAUUAGAAUUAAAAUAAUUUAAAGGAAAUGAUGUCCCUGUUCUUGUAUCGGUUCCCCUUUACAUUACUCUUCCUGUUCCGUUGCAGGUUCCGGUUCCGGUUCCGGUUCCUGUUCCCAUUCCCGUUCCUAUUCCGGAUUCCUGUUUCCGGCUUUUCCAGACGCCCGUAUAAUUUGCAUACAUGUAGUUCAGGAAUUUCUCACAAGAAUCAAACGCUGAGUAGAGUUUGUUAUUUUUUGGAGUAGAAAGACUUUUUUGACUUGAGAGAGGUUAGAAGAUGCUCAAAACUUGAACAACGGUUGUGGAUUCUCGCAGCAAUUGAGUAUCGCGCGGAGAAUCGAGAGCAAAUUACUAGAAACAAAAACCCUUUUAAUUGAUUAUAAACAAAGAGGCCAUUUUGGUUGAUAAGUCUCGCGGGAAUUGAGAAUCGAGACGCAACAAUUGAGAAUCGGUUCUCGACUUGAUUCUCAAGAGGAUCGAGAAUCACGUGUCAACUUACUUUUGAACGGUACUGUAGGCUACUGUUAUCCUGUUAAUCCUAUGAUAUUUAUACCAUAUUACAAAGGGAGAGAUUAUGAGAUGUAGCCCACUUAACAAACUCUGAGGAGUCAUGGUUUUCCUAUAGAUUCGUCAGGAACAAAUUACAUAUGUAAUAAUUGAAAUCACUUCCUCAUAUAAAUCUUUCAUGCACCAAUAAUCUUCCCAUCAGCCAAUGUGGUGUUUGGAAAAUAUCCACCUAUUAAUUUUCUUUAAAAUCAAUUAUCAAACCUUAUGGAUCAACCUAGUAAACCUCACUGAACACUUAUUUUUUACCACCAUCAGCUUUAAUUAUUUUGUUUUAUUUUUCUUUUUACAGGGUUGAUUUUUUUAUUCCUGGCGUAGAAACUGUGGGUGGAUUUUCUAUCUGCUCCAGUCCCAAAACACUUAAAGACACAAGCACCAUUGAGCUGGCUGUUAAAUACAGUGAUCACCCUCCCGCUCUUUGGGUACACACCAAGGUUUGUGUUUUAUUAUAAGCAUUUGCCUUUUUUAUGCUAAAGUAUUGGUAAAAUUAUCAAAAUUGAUUUUCAUUAAUUUAUUAGAAAAAGUCAGCCAAUAAAAAUAUUAACACCACUCUCAAAGUAGAAGUGUUCAUUGUGUAGAAGUAGACUCAGAGCACUUUCCGUUUGUCAGAACUGAUCAGCUAGACCAUUCCAGUCAUAAUGAGAAUUUCACUUUUAAUCAAAACUCUUAGUCAGAUCCCAAAUAGCAUGCACGAAGGAAGAGGUGUUUCAAAAAAAGCUCUUGGAAAAAAGCAUUUUUCAUUGUGAAAAUGAGUGGCCCAGCUAUGGUCUGGCUGGCCAGUUCUGACUUUUGGAAGGUGCCCUCAGAUUUAACUGUAUUAUUUUUCUAUAAAACCUUAAACUGUUUAUGACUGUAUCUGUGUUAUGUGGACUGCAGAUACUUUCAAUCAAUAAUAUUAUUUGUUUUUACAUGUGUCUGUUUUUAACUGUAGUGCAACACUGGCAGCAAGGUUCAAAUGAGAGUUGGUGGUAACUUUUUCUUUGAUCCAGAACCUGGAGCUCCAAGCCCGGACUUGCUUCUAGUUGCUGGCGGAGUUGGUAUUAAUCCGCUUUAUUCCAUACUGCAACAUGUUGGUGAUAUUACCAGCGAUCCCCAGCAUAAUUAUACUGCAAAAACAACGUUGUUAUUUAGUGCAAAAAACCAAGAUGAGCUGCUUUACAAGGUACAGAAACUAAAUCAAAGUAUUUCUCCUUGGUGAUCAUCAUAUUGAUUCUCAUAACCUUGUUUUUGGAUGAUACAUUGAUAUUGUUUGGAGAAAAUUGAUGUUGAUCAGUCUUGGGAUUUAAAGUUUUGAGGGUCUGUAAGGGGUGUCCCAGUGAUCCCACAUUCCUGCUUCUCUUUUCGCCCCAUGUAAGGAAAUCCAGAUUCUGGAAUCUGAGAAAAUUUUGCUUGCGGAAUGCAGAAUACGGGAAAUUUUUGCACGUAGAAUCCUGAAUCCUGGGCUUUGGAUUACGGAAUACUUUCAAGGGAUCCGGAAUCCGGCUGACGAUUGGAAUGUGGAAUCCAAGUUCCAGUGAUAAAGAAUUCUGAAAAUAGUACCUGGAAUCCGGAAUCCAUGGGGUGGAAUCCAGAAUCCAAGACUGUCUUGGAUUCCCUUACUUGGUGCGACUCUUUGGUGAAAAUUCCACAUCCUGAACUUCUAUUAUCUUUAUCCUGAAUACGGUUUUCUUUCCUUAUACUACAUCCCAUGCCAACAUUUUAGCAAAUCCCACUUCAUGAGCAGCAGUCAAAUGACGUAUCCCGUCUAGAAAUUUUGUGUUUUUGCGAAUCCUGCUCUGUAUUUUGGUCAAAUCCUGGAUCCCAAAAAUACCCUUCAAGACCGUGCUGAUAUAAUUUUACCCCCAUCACAGUAAUUCUCAUUCCCUACCUUUCUAAAAUUCUUGUGUAGAAGAUUUUUACUGUAACGUAGCACAGCCCCUCACAGAUGAUUGUUAGCAUUGUAACAUUGUACCAGUGGAAACUGCAUUCCUUUGUGAUGAUGCACUGUACUGUGUGCACUGAUCAGGGGCGCUUUACAUUCAACCUAAAAUUCCGGAAAAUUUGGUUGGUACAUCAAAUGGAAUGGACCAUUUCAGUUUGGUCCGACCAGAAUAUGCACGACCAGCUUUGAAGGUGGUCCACUUUGACCGGUCCUGUUAUCUUGGUCAGUCGGACCGAAAUGUCCCUUUCCAUUUGACAAAAUUGUUGUCCCCAGUACCACUCUUUUGUAUCCUGCUUACAAGAACAAUAACCAAAUGCACGGUGGCUUGGGUUGGGUCUGUGCAACCGGAAUGUACCGUUCUAUUGGGCGUGUGGAAUUUCCGAAAUGUCAAACCAGAAUUUUGGUUGCAUGGAAAGCGCCUCAGGGCUACCACCUUCCCCCAAUUUAUGAAAUAAUUUGCAUCCUCGUCAAAACAAGGCUGCAAAUACCGUAAAAUUCUGAAAAUAAGCCAGGGGCUUAUAUUUUUCAAAGGCCCCUUUUGAGGGGCUUAUUUUUGGAGGGGCUUAUCUACGGAGGGAAAUUUGCAUUUCAAAAUCGAUUGGGCUAGCCAUAUAGUUGGAAGUAAAUUUACCGUUUUUGCUUUGUUUUACUUUGUAUUUGAUUGCAAUUUUCCAAGUACAAGCCCCCGGGGGCUUAUAUUUGGAGGGGCGAUUUAACGGACAGUUUUUUGCAUUACCAUAUUGGGGGGCUUAUACAUGGAGGGGCUUAUUUUCGGAAUUUUACGGUAACAGAAAACAUCACUGAUGAAGGGAUCGAGAUGGAUUCCAAAAGCUCCACAUAACUUUCAAGAGUUUGUUGGCGUUGAAAAAUAUCUUCUUUUGAACUGUAUUCGUACUGUAUAUUACUAUUAAAGUCCUGAUCUUUGUUGAUAAUUCUACCUUGUAAUACUUACUGUAAUUUUAACUCAUUGCAGAAUUCUCUUUUGCAAAUUUCUAAACGACACCCUUCAAUAGUCUGCAAGUAUUUUACCACAAAGCCAGGAAGUGACAAUCAAAGACCUGCAGCAGAGAGUAUACAAUGUAUGUAAACCUUUGCAAAAACAUACAAAAUGUACUUUGAGUGACUGUUGCUAGCAAUGCUAAAUCCUUUACUUUGCUCUCAGUGCUCUGACUGACAGGCAUGACAUGGAAGGGAUGUGGACAUGCAAAUGCCGUUUUCAAUCUAUUUCUAGAUCCACAUGAUUAAAGGAUAAUUACAGGAUAAUUAUCCUGUUAUCUUACUUAUGUCUUCAAAGUAACCAAAUUUCUACGUCAUGAAAGCGCCUUAAAUCCUCCAUAUACCAUUUCAAUCUACUCUUGUGUUAGUUUAAAGAUAACUUUUCAAAACACUUUUUGCAUUAAGUCUUUUUUUUUUUUUCGCAUACAAAGACUCCCUAAAUCACUAUCAAAGAUCCAAAAUCAUUUGCAAAGUUUGUUGCUGGAUUACUACUAUUCCUGCAUUGGCAAAACAAAGUGACGACUCCGUGAUCAGAAGACUGAACACUUGACUGCAAAAUGACCACACUUCCCAGUCAGCUAUUGCCAACAUUGUCAAAACCCCAGCGUCAAGAAACUUCAAGUGGGAUCAUUUUGAAAUUUCAGCUUCAGGCAAAUCAGAUUAUCACUGCAAUAUAAGAGACACAUUGUAUACGCAGCUUUAAAUGUCAACAUCAGCAGUGAAAAUCUGAUGCUUUGUUAAUGCAUUUUCAGGUCACCAUGGUCGUAUAAGCGACACGAGUCUCAAAGAAGCCGUGUCUUCCCUGGACAGAAGUCAGCUAACUUGUUAUAUCUGCGGUCCGCCACCUAUGAUAAAACAUGUAACUGAUAUUUUACACAGGCUCAACAUUGGAGACAGCAGAAUACACUUCGAAAAAUGGUGGUAGCCAACAGCUUCCAGCCAUACAGCUUAAGAAGGAAUCCAUCAGGAAAUUGAGUAAUUUUAGUUUUCAGUGGAGAAAAACCUUGUGCCAGAAAAAUGUGAAUAAUAUCGCAUUCUUUUUUUACAUUUAGUUACAUUUUUCUAGGCCUUAGGGCUAUGGAUAUAAUUAACAAUUAUUCUUUGAAAUCGAGGUGAAUAGUGGCAAAAUAUUUACCGAGCCGCGAAAGCGGCGAGGUAAAUAUUCCCAAAGCCACUAUUCACCGAGAUUGAGAAGAAUAAUUGUUUUAGUAUAUACACACGAAGUGAUCUCAACAAAAUCAGAAAGGAAACCAUUCAAAAGUAGGAUUUGAUUGACAGAUCAAAUCACGCGUAAGUUUAAAAAUAGAUCUUUGCAGAAUUUUCAAACAUGGCAAUUCACAAGUUUACUUAUUUCGCAAACAACAGCGUAAUGGCUUCAAUGGAAUCGCUAAAAGUUUGAACUGUUUCCUUACCUGAGAAAAAAAGUAGAGCUGUGUUGUUUUCUGUUGACUCGCCAAGUUUAUAGCCAAAAGGGCAUGUUGUGUCGUUCUUCGCAUGAAGUGCUGACAAAAAUGGCGGCUCGGUUGCUCGAGGUAAGAGGUCGUCUUCCUGUAUUAUUCUUUUUCCUGUUUACUUGAAAUGUAGAAUUUCUGCAAACAUUUCCUUUUAAAUUUGUUUGUCAUAAAUAAACUUCGAUUUUUGAGCCAAAAUUUUCUUCUUAGAAAACGCUGAGUUCACGGGAGUUGUAAACAAUCCAUCGAGCACAAAACUCCUGAUACAGUAAAUUGAAAAACGCCGUAUUGAAUCCUUCCAAGUCUUUUCUUGCCUUAAAAAAAGUCAGCCCUAGGAUUUUGUCGACUUUUAAAAGAUCGUUCUCUAAAAAAAACGGGAAAAACACCGAGCUCACACAUUAUCCACUCGCUAGGAGGUGAAUAUUGUUGAAUAGUCCGAGAUAGCGAACCAAUCAGAUUGCUUAAAUCACCAAGAUCACUGAGUGUGUAUGUACUAAUUAGUUAUAUGUAAUAACACCUAAGACUAUUUCGCCUACGGAGCCCGAGAAAAUAGAUGUCAAAUAGCUUCAAAUUUCACAAGAAUUAUGAAAACACAGGUAAAAUUCUGAAAAUUUCAUGUGUAAGACGUCAUUUUGUGAAAUUUGACAUUAAUUUAUUUUCUCGGGCUCUCGUAAGAAAUUUUCUUUGGUGUUAUUACAGAUAACUAAUUACAUCUAUAGCCCUUGAAAAAUGUAAAAAAGAAUGCAAUAUUGUUUAAAUUAUUCUGGUACAAGGUUUUUGUCCAGUGAAAAUUAAAAUUACUCAGUUUCCUGUUGGAUUCCGUCUUAAUGCAUGUAAUAUGCAAUUGCCUUUUACAGUGUGGUUCCUGCCCAGGUUACAAAAACCUCCUCGAAUUAGUAUAGGUAAUAGCAUGAUUUGUAAUGAUAUUUGGUAUAAAUACCACGAGUGAUAUUUCAAACUCCCAUGCUAUCCUAAAUUUGGAAUAACAAAUGUAGCACUCUGGGUGAUUUUUUGAUGAUUUGUGGUUGGUUUUUGAAUAGAGAGGUGAAGUCGUUGAAGUUCUGAAUUUUUUUCCAGGCUUCUUUACGCAAUUGCAUAAAUUGCGUUCACUUUGACCAUCAUUUCUUCAUUUUCAUUUCAUUUCCGCAGUUCAUAUAUGGCAUAUAUCAUAUAUCAUUAACACUCAUUUCUUUCACGGGAACAUAUGAACCCACAAUUGACCCGCUCCCAACGUCAGUGGCUUCAUAGCUCAGUUGGUAGAGCAUCGCACCGGUAUCGCGAGGUCACGGGUUCAAACCCCGUUGAAGUCCUGAAUUUUUUUUCUUUACGCAGUUGCAUAAAUUGCGUUCACUGCGACGAUCAUUUCUUCAUUUUCAGAAGUCGUUAUGUCAACAAACCGUGGUCCUGCAAAAAUGGCGGGAAAAAAUUGACAUGUGUAACUUUCCUUUGCAUGAUUGCACUCAGGAACAAAACCAGGGGGGACUCCCAUAUGAAACAGACGGGGAUGCUCGUCGGAAAUUUUGAAUUUAACCCCUAAAGGAGACCAUCUGGGCGUGGCUCAAGCUUUUUGCGACCUCUAAAGGAGACCAAUCUGGGCGCGGCUUAAGCAAAUUUUGACCCGUAAAAG